ACCUUCUAGUACCCUGCUUCAGUCUCCUGAGUGCUGAAAUUACAGCCGUGUGUCACCAUGCCCAACAUCUUUGAAAAAGAUGUUUUAAAUAGUUACAGUCUUUGAAACAUAAGGCAUUAUGUGUGCGUUGUAUAUCUUUGUCUUUGGGUUUCUAUUGCUGUGACAAAACACCAUGACCAAAAGUAAUGUGGGGAGGAGAGGGUUUGUUUCAUUUACAUGUCCACAUCAUGGUUCAUCAUGGAAGGAAGUCAGGGCAGGAACCCGAGGUAGGAACCCCGAAGUAGGAACUGAAGCUGCUUACUGGCUUGCUCCUCGUGACCUGCUCCGCCUGCUUUCUUACACUAUCCAGGGCCCCCUACCCAGGCAUGGUGCCACCUACAGUGCGGUGGGCCUUGAGAAAAUGAAGACAUUUUCUCAAUUAUGAUUGAUUCCCUCCUCCCCUAUAUGUCUAUGUGUCAAGUUGACAAAAACCAAUCAGCACAGUCUUAAAAUAGGAAGCAAGUUAAUUACACAAAUUGGCAGAAUUUACAUGUUUGUAAAUUGUAACUCCAUUGUAGUUAGCACUCUAAACACCAAACUUAGGGGCAGUGUAGGUUUGGCUCUACCACUUACUAGCCAAGUGUUUAUACCAUUGUGUGUUUGGGUCAGAGAAGUGUCUAAACAAUGGCAUGGAAGAGCAGGAGCAGAAGGAGCUGCUAUUUCAGACCAUGACUUUUAAAUGACUAGGCCCAGACACAUCUUUAUUCAUCAGGAUAGGGACCAUUACAAUCAACACAUUUUUUGCCAGUGAGAAGUUACGUGUGUUUUUCCUCUAUUGUAAAAUCCAUGCUUUGGGGUUUGGCAAACUGUUGGAAAGCAUUUUCUGCAUCUUUUUGGUUGUGGAAAUAUUUUCCCUACAUAAAGGUAAAGGAUACUAGAAGGAGCAGGAGAUGGUUGACACAUAUGGUGGGAAAGGCAGAAUUUAAUAGCCCGUUCAUUCAGCUUUUGAAGCAUUGGUUGUGACAGACAUGUGGUUGGGUUUAUCAUAGAAAAGAACUGGACCGUUUCUGUUGACUAAUGGCAGCUUCAGGCAUUGCAUUUUCAGUGCAUCCCAUCUGUAUGCAGAGCUGUAAUAGUUUCUCUGGGAUUCAGGAAGAUGUGGAUGAGACCGCCAGCCGACAAACAGUAGUGAAUAUGUGUAUGUAUGUGCGCACACACAUGUGCAUGCAAGCACGCUGUUUUGAUUGACAUGGAAGAAGGAGUAGUGAAUGAAAUUCUCCAAGGACCACUAAGAGAUGUGUUUGAUAGCAAGCAGCUCAUCACUGAUAUUUCUGGCUCAGGAAACAAUUGGGCUGUGGGUCACAAAGUUUUUGGAAGUCUUUACCAGGAACAGAUUUUAGAGAAACUCCGGAAGUCAGCAGAGCACUGUGAUUGCUUGCAGUGUUUCUUCAUCAUACACUCCAUGGGAGGAGGAACAGGGUCUGGACUUGGCACAUUUCUGUUAAAGGUGCUUGAAGAUGAAUUCCCAGAAGUGUACAGAUUUGUGACAGCGGUUUAUCCUUCCAACGAGGACGAUGUCAUCACCUCACCUUAUAAUAGCAUGCUGGCCAUGAAGGAACUGAAUGAGCAUGCAGACUGUGUGCUGCCCAUUGACAACCAAUCUUUAUUUGACAUCAUUAGCAAAAUUGAUCUUGUGGUAAAUUCUGGAAAGUUGGGUACAACUGUGAAGCCUAAGAGCCUUGUUACUUCGAAUGUGGGGACUGUAACAAAGCGCCACAAGAAGCCUUUUGAUGCAAUGAACAACAUUGUGGCCAAUCUGCUCCUCAGCCUGACAAGCUCUGCGAGAUUUGAGGGAUCCCUGAAUAUGGACUUGAAUGAGAUCAGCAUGAACUUGGUUCCUUUCCCUCAACUUCACUAUCUUGUGUCAAGCCUUACACCUCUGUAUACUCUGGCAGAUGUUAACAUUCCCCCUCGAAGAUUGGACCAGAUGUUUUCCGAUGCCUUCAGUAAAGAUCACCAACUCAUUCAAGCAGACCCCAGACAUAGUCUCUACCUCGCCUGUGCCCUCAUCGUUAGAGGGAAUGUACAGAUCUCAGAUCUUCGAAGAAAUAUUGAAAGAUUAAAACCUGCUCUGCAAUUUGUUUCCUGGAAUCAAGAAGGCUGGAAGACUAGCCUGUGUUCAGUACCGCCUGUGGGUCACUCCCAUUCAUUAUUAGCUUUAGCAAACAACACGUGUGUGAAGCCCACCUUCAUGGAACUGAGAGAAAGGUUCAUGAGGCUCUACAAGAAGAAGGCUCAUCUCCAUCACUAUCUGCAAGUUGACGGGAUGGAGGAAAGUGCUUUUGCAGAAGCUGUGUCCUCUCUGUCAGCGCUCAUACAGGAGUAUAAUGAACUUGAUGCCACCAAGAGCAUGCCUGUGCCAGACGUGCCUAGGCUAAGUGUGGCCAUGUGAAGGAAGAAGCUAAAAAUGUAUUGUUACUUUUUUCUGAUUCACAUUGGUUUUUUUCCCCUUCAUCUUCCAGCAUUUCCUGUGAUUCAGAAAGCCCAAUUUAUUUUUCACAGUAUGAAACAAUGGUUUCUAUUUUGUCAUAAUUUUUCUGUACCAGUGUGUGUGGUCAUUUCUAACGAUUUGUCAAAAUUAAGACAGGGCCUGGCAUGGUGGUUCAUACAGGUAAUCCCAGUGUGUCUGGCAUGCAGGAGAACUGUGUGUUCGGGGCCACCCUGGGCUACACUGAAAGAGAGGUUCUUCAUGGCUUUGCUUCAUUUAUAGCUUCGUCUUGCAUUCUGUUGCACAUUGGUGAAUACCUCAGGAAGAUGGUACAUACCUUUUUAUAUUUAUACUCUAUGUUUUCAUACUCUGUUUAAAUGCUGAAAAUGCAGGUCCUAGGAAUGGAAGAAUGCACAGUGUAUGUAAUAUCUAUGGACUUUUGGGUGGUAGUUUUUAUUAAAACUGAUGAGACUGUUUUGUUCUUUGAGUAAUAACAUGUUUAUACUCAAGAUAUCACAACUUAAAAGCAAAUGUUCAAACAGCGCUACUCAUUGUUGUUUAUCAUGUCACCUUUGGCACACUGAGCAGAGCAUUGCUGAGCUUGGUAUCUUUAUCUGAAUUUUAUAGUAAAUGGUUAUUAUCUACUGAAAUUAUUUCAGUCUCCAUAAUCUUUUGAAUCUUUAAUGUUGUUUUUAGACACGAUUUAUAUUUCAGAUCCAUUGAUUGGUUUAUCCUUCAAGGAAAUAAUUUUUGGGGAAAAAAUUCUUUUCAAGAAAAAAUGAUCUGUUGUUUGCUUUGUUUAUUAAUAUUUAUGUUUCUUUCCUUUGUUUAGUAAUUGUUCUCUUUUUGGUUUUUAUAUUGAUAGUUUAGUUUUUUAUAGUAUUUGGUGUAAAAACUGCAAUAUUACUGUUAUUAACAGUACCCAGACAUUCUGUUUUCUCUUUCCUAGAAAAAUCUUAACUGAUAUCAGAACAUGGCAAUGAAAAUUAUAGUUAUAGUAGCUUAUUCUUAAGAAUCUUGCUUUCCUUCUAAUUAUCAUGUAAUAGGAUCUGAUAGGCUACAUUGCCAAGUACAGAAUAAAAUUUUAAAUUAUGUCUUUUUAUAUUUAUAUAAAAUACUUUCUUGUAAAUUAUAUUUUUUAUUAUAUAUGAAAUCCUUAUAUGGUACCAUGUAUGUAUGUAUAUAUUAUAUAAUUAUAGGUUAUACUCAAGAAAUGAGUUGUAUUUAAAUUUUUUCAGGCAUUCCUUUUUGUUUUAUUAGAAUAUUUUUUAUAAACUUGUUGUGUCUGAAAUAAAGCAACCAAAGAAUGAC